GCGGGAUGGUGGGGAGCGGCUUCUCCCUUCUUUCUGGCUGCGCUCUCAGGGUGUCGUGUCCAGGGCCACCCCGUUUCUUCGUCUCCCCGCGGUCGUUCAGCUCCAGGGACACGGCAGUGGGGUGGGGACGACUCGGCUGCGAUGGGGUGGAGAGCAAGGCAGGUCCCAGAAUUCGGGGCCGACUCCUGUCCUACCCAGCCCACAGACUCCGAGAGGACCGGCGUCCGGGCCCCGUGCCGGCGCCAUGAGGCCGCUGCUCGCCCUGCUGCUCCUGGGCCUGGCGGCUGGCUCGCCCCCGCUGGACGACAACAAGAUCCCCAGCCUGUGCCCGGGGCACCCCGGCCUGCCAGGCACUCCGGGCCACCACGGCACCCAGGGCCUGCCUGGCCGCGACGGCCGCGACGGCCGCGACGGCGCGCCCGGGGCGCCCGGAGAGAAAGGCGAGGGCGGGAGGCCGGGACUGCCGGGGCCGCGUGGGGAGCCCGGGCCGCGAGGGGAGGCAGGCCCCACGGGGGCGGCCGGGCCGGCGGGGGACUGCUCGGUGCCUCCGCGCUCUGCCUUCAGCGCCAAGCGCUCCGAAAGCCGGGUGCCCCCGCCGCUGGACGCGCCCCUGCCCUUCGACCGGGUGCUGCUGAACGAGCAGGGCCAUUACGACGCCGCCACCGGCAAGUUCACCUGCCAGGUGCCCGGGGUCUACUACUUCGCGGUCCACGCCACCGUCUACCGGACUAGCCUGCAGUUCGACCUGGUCAAGAACGGCGAGUCCAUAGCCUCUUUCUUCCAGUUUUUUGGGGGGUGGCCCAAGCCGGCCUCGCUCUCCGGGGGCGCCAUGGUGAGGCUGGAGCCCGAGGACCAGGUGUGGGUGCAGGUCGGUGUGGGCGAUUACAUCGGCAUCUACGCCAGCAUCAAGACGGACAGCACCUUCUCCGGAUUCCUGGUUUACUCCGACUGGCACAGCUCCCCCGUCUUCGCUUGAUGCCCACUGGGGGUGAGCCUCUGCCCGCUCACUCCUCGGAGGGGCGUGGCACUGUCCGCCACAUCACCCAGGAAGGCUGGCCCCCUGGACUGUUGUGAACGACCAGGGGGUGGGAUGGGCCGGUCCUGCUGCCGGAGGAGUGGGCAGGGCCUGCAGCGCAGGGCACUGGCUGGAUUGUGCCCAAGCCGAAGCAGAGCACUGGGCCGGCAGGUGUGGGUCCUCCGGCCCCGGACCCUAAGGUGGGGUGCUCUCUUCCUGGUCCUCUACUUACUUCUCUGAGUCCUCCCUCUUCCCUUCUCCUCCUGGGCCCUUUUCUUAGACUGUUCAUUAAACCUAAA